AUGAAUAACGUGUUAGAACAACAGAGGAGUAUUCAUGAGGAACGUGAACGUUUAAUUGAUGCUAUGUCUAAAGAAAUGUAUUUUCAACCAAGGACGCACAAAGAAAGCGUUAAUUCCGAAUUUCGACUUCGAACAAUGUUUGAUAGAUAUAUUGAAAUAACGAAAAAUUUGAAAGAAUUAUAUGAAGAUAAAGACGGCCUUCGUAAACUAGAUAUUCAAGGUCUUUCUGGACCAAACGAAUUCAACGAAUUCUAUACUCGUUUGAAAACACUGAAAGAUUUUCAUAAUUCUCAUCCAGAUGAGAUCAGUGUCCCGAUGUCUGUGGAAUUUCAGCGCUUUAAAGAAAUGCGCGAAAAUCCAGAAGAAGCCUCAGCCACCAUUGUUGAAUUCACAGAUGAAGAGGGCUAUGGACGCUUUCUUGAUCUGCACGAAUUGUACGAAAUAUACAUAAACAUCAAGGGAUUCAAUAAAAUAGAUUAUCUGACUUAUCUACAUACGUACGAUAAGUUGUAUGAAAUUAUUCGUGAGCGCAAGACUUCCUCAAGUGCUUACCGUCACUACUUAGAGCGUUUGAUAUCUUAUCUGGAGGGAUACUUGGCUCGAGCUAAACCGAUGCUUGAUUUGGCAGAAGUGUCCAAAAAUGCGCUGACUCGAUUUGAACGCGAGUGGGCUGAGGGUGUCUUUCCUGGGUGGAAUGGAGUAACUGGGUCUUCUAGUUCUUCGUCUGCCCUUUCGCAUGUUGGAGCUCAUCUAGACUUGACACCUUUCAGACAACCUGAAGAAUUGGCUUCUCUCGGCCUGGAUCGUCUCAAGUCGGCUCUCCUUGCCCUUGGUCUCAAAUGCGGUGGUACGUUGGACGAGCGUGCUCAACGCCUUUGGGCUACUAAAGGAAAGGCUAUUGAUGAUCUUCCUCCUGAGUUUUUUCCUUGCUCCAAAGCUCCGGGCAGGAAAAGAAGUACUCGCGGUGCUAAUUCUGUGGUUGCUGACGUUUGA